GUCGUGCGUUGUCGAGGUGCGGGAUCUUGUGAACGAUCAGAGGCGGGAACCGCUUGUUACAUCAGCGCGAUCGAUCCGCGAUCGCAGUAGUGCAUAGUGGAUAGUCAUAGCAGAGUCACCAUUGUUCGUAUACGGUCUAAACGGGUUGUCAACUGGUUCCAGCGCGAACGCUAGCGCACGACGUCACUCGUGGACCGUGCUGAGGUUGUCCUCGAUCGCUCUAGGAGACGAUUUAAUCGAUUUGUAGUGGCGUACCGAUUAACUGCUGGUUCUGCUGCUGCCGUUGCAACGCUCGUUUACUCGCUACGGCCACGGUAACGGCAACGGCGAGGUGCAUUCGUCUGGUUUUCCCACGCAAACGCGGUCUCCGUUUUAUUUGGGAUGCGUAAAGUGCGGUUUCGUGCGACUUUGACGACGAACGUUUCGCUUGCUGGGAAAAGUGCAUCAUAAAAUCCGCCAUCGACGGCAGAAAGGCAUCGACGGUGGAAACUCUGGCCCCACGCAAUACUAUCCAAAACGGAUUGAGAGUCGCCCAUCGGCCGGUUUAGUGAGAUUCCAUCCAAUAUCCAUCUUAUUGUGUGUGUCGUUAGGGGCCGGUGCUGGCGACCGGACGUUGAUCUGCAAAAGUGAAAAACCAACUCAUUGGUCUCUACCAGGCACGCUGGUGGUUCGUAUUGCCAUCCGCGAGUGUACGCGCUGAGUGGGAGUGAACCGUAGAACUGUCGUUGCCGUUGCACCAGCAGACACCAGGCACAGCAUCUGUAGGGGACUGACGGAAGUAAACGUUUUACUUCGCUUUGCACUAAAACGAUCACUCUUUCGUGAGUGAGUACAUUUCGAGGUACCGCUUGUGACUAAGCACUUAGUCAUCGGGAAGGCUCCAGGAUGACAAUCUUCAGCUCAUAUGGAAUGAGGACGAAAGUCCAGGAGAAGAAGGAAAAAAUGUCAACCGAUGAGCAGCAGCAGCAGCAACAAUCGCCACAUCAACAGCAGCAGCAGCAGCAGCAGCAACAGCAACAGAACCAAAUUCCGAACAUUGCCGGUACGAUCCUGAUCGGUGGACUCGGUGGCCCGAUCGACUUCGAUGUUGAGCAGCAGAAACAAUCGCUAGCGCAGCAACAAAACGCUCAUCACCAUCAUCACCAGUACUAUCUACCUCAUCUACAUCAAUUUUGCACCAUGACCGGAUCAUCCAAUCCAUCGAGCCUAACCCAUGGAGGUAGUGGCGCGAAUGGUGGUCAUAAGGGGGCCAACUCAUCUAAAAGCUCCCUUCUGGGUCCGUCACCCUUCUGGCAACUGCUGCCGGUAAUGCUGUGUGUCAUAUCGUUCGCAACCGUGCUCAGCGUGCUGGUCAUCUACAUGGACACUAAUGAAAUCCGUCACCAACAGUUUCGGCUAAACAUGUCGCGCGACUAUGACUUAAUGGGGGUACCGCAGGACAAUCCGGCUUUGAUCAAGUACGUACGCGACAUUCAUAUGAAGAAGUACCCGAUGACGUUCAUGCGCAACAGUGCGGCACCGACCGAGGAGCUCAACUUUAACAACCGUCACGAGUUGACACCCGAGAUGGCGCACCUGAUUUCUGAUCUGCUCGGACGAAAGCGGUUUGGAACGUUCUUUCAAUCGCUCGCUGGUAACAGUGAUUCGAUGAUGACUGCCCCAUGGCUGGCGGAGACGAUGAACUGGGGCGGCACGCUUGUAGAGCCCGAUCCACGCAAAUAUUUCUCACUUCGUAAGCAGAACGCCUUUAGGCCAAACAUUCAAGUGGUUCACGCGUGCCUUUCACCUAAUACGUACCCUAAAGAGGUAACGUUACAUCACGAUGAUGACAGCGAGGUGCAGAUCAACAGUGUGCUGGAUGAAGAGACGGAAUGGUUCCAUCCGCGCGUAAAGUGCUUCCCGGUAUAUACACUGAUGCUUGCCGUUAACCGUACAUCGAUCGAUCUCCUCAGUCUCGGCUGCCAUGGACAGGAGCUACAGAUUCUUCAAACAAUACCAUUCGAUCGGGUUCACAUCAAAAUCAUCACGAUCCAUCUUGUACACUUCUACGAGGAAGACGAAAUGUUGAUCGACAUUGUUGAUUAUGUGCAGAGCAUUAAUCGGUUUCUGAUGAGCAAAUCAUAUAAAUUGGUGCGCAGCUUUGAGCGCAACUUUAUCUAUCAACACAGUUCUGUUGCUUCAGCGGCCAAACGUCGUCUGCAGCUGCAGCAGCAACAGCAGCAGCAGCAAGUAUCUGGUGGCUCAUCAGCUAGUGGCAGUGUUUCUAUACUACCCCGUCAGCAGUCUUCGCAGCAGCAACAACAGCAACAGUCGGUGCUUGUACACACGAAUGCAAUUAAUUCCGGGGAGAAGCUCGACGUAUCCAUGGCCAUCCAUAAGGGACAGGAAGCUUCUAGCAACAGUAAUGCGGGAACAGUAAAGCCUCCGAUGGCGAUCGCAGCAGCACAAACAACAUCACUACCAGUUGCACCGGUAACGAUCUCUACUGAUUAUAAGAACCCACCAGCAGCCGAAAAUAGCUCGAACGUGAACGAUAAGCUCGUGCUGCUGCGGGGCUCUGAGACAGACGAACCACUCGAUGCCGAAACUCUAGAUGGGGACUUUGUAUCCCAUGAGGAUGAGCAGGUGCUGCGGAAGAAGGCGGUGGCGCGAAUAUGGACUGAGCAGUUACCAAGCCGUGCUAGCCGUCAGGAUGGAACAAAGAAGAUUGAUUCCGGUACUCAUCCGGUUGCGUCGCAGCCACCAACGGUUACGACACUAUAACGUUCAGGUGGCAAAGCAAGACAUUACCCAUGCAUGACGCAUGACAAGCGACACUACUAGCGCCAGGCAUCCAAUUGAAAUGGGUACCUUGGGAUGAUUUAUUUUCUACUUUUUCAACUAUCAACUGAAAGCUACCAGUCCAUCAUUCCACUUAAUUUUUUUAUUACUUACAUUAUAGUUGUGCGCUUAAUCUAUGGAUUACCGUGCGGAAAGUAUUAGCCUUUAACAUUUUAUGUACUCCGGCUCGUAUGCCACCUUAUUCACAAGAAGUUGAAUUCAAUAUCGCGAUAUUCUUUUUUUACAAUUUCAUGAUUCCGCUGGUUUAAUUCAGAAAAAAAAUAUUUUCUAGAUAGAAAAAUUAAGAACAUUGAGGAGAAUAUGAUGGAUGCCCCAUGCUACUGGAUACGGAAUAAUUUCGUCAUCCAGCUGCAUCUUAUAGAAUCAAAGUUGAAACGCAUAGCAAUCAAACGUGCAUUUACGUACAUGUAUUCGGAAACCAGAAGGGCAAGAAACCUCCAGUAUUCCAAUACUCUACCCACAUUGUGGGUCAUUGUUUUGGGAGAUUGUGUAUCUGAGCAGGGCCCUAGGAUAAAUCCGCUAGAGUCGUUUGCAUUGAACCCGUUUGUUUAUCAAUCAGCAAUCAGAACAAAUCAAAUUUCACCAGUAAGCAUGUUUGGUCACCAGUAAGCAUGUUAAAAGAAUACAAAUCCAUAACUCUCUAGGAUGGUUAACUGUUUUCGAGUGGACGAAAAUUCGAAACUCAUUAAUUACAGUCUGCACUAGUUUUGAGCCCAUUUUCUGGUUAGAGUUAUUAUUAUAUAUCUGCGAGUAGUUUGCCGGACGAGCAUCUUUUCAAUCGAUUGUGAAGACAAAAUCGAACCUCCUAAGACCACAAACCUCGUACACUCGUGGUCGGUCCACAGCUAUACAUAUACAUAUAUAUACAUAUAUAUUUAUAAAAAAUCUCGUUAAUUGCUCUCUGAUCGUUUAUCGUUGUCGCGCUGUUAAGAAAAUGGUUUAAAGCACAUUUCCUAAAAUCAAGUUUUCGAUACAUUCAAUCGAAUGGAAAUGUGAAAGCUCAACUAUUUUGAAACGAGGUGAUAAGGCAUAUCAAAACUGCGUUCCGAAUCCUAUUUUUGGCACAACUCUGAGGGUUAGCAGAUUUGAUUGAAAAGCUAAAUCGAAUGCAAAUAUUAGUUGACAACGAUGGCUACUGCUGUAUGUCAUUGAAUCAUGCGUUUGAAUGAUUUACUGAUAGAUAGCGAGACUACGCUGGGCCAGCAAAGAAAAUUAUUAUCCUACGUGCGCGCGAAGAUGUAGUUUUAUACAUUCACAUCACGGUUUAGAUCGUCCAAUCGAAAAAAGAAAAAUACACCAGCGCAACCAGAACCCGCUAAGAGAUCAAGUAAUGUUAAGUGAAAACAGGUAGCACAUAAGCGAAUCCCCUCCCCUAUCAGUAAUCUAUCACCUCACCAGUUAAAGGAGAUGUGAAUGGAAUCUGAAUCAACUCGAAAAGUACACUGGUAAGCUGUAAUAAAGACGAGAAUGCAUUAUG